CUCCUGUUGCGUCAUUAGAGUGCGACUCCAGACACAAAACAGGACUGGGCUACAAAAGUAUGGCAGCUGUUGAGGCGGCGGUGGUAUCGUCGUCGUCUUUGGAAACAGACAGAGCCCUGGUCCCUGAAACUGCAGGAACAGGCGCAGCAACGGCCGCCACCCCACCAGCGACGGCCGCAGCUGCGGCCGUUGCAGCCUCUGCCAGAACCGGAUCCGAAGCCAGGGUCUCCAAGGCCGCUUUGGCUACUAAGCUGCUGUCCCUGAGCGGCGUGUUCGCCGUGCACAAGCCCAAAGGGCCCACUUCAGCCGAGCUGCUGAAUCGGCUGAAGGAGAAGCUGCUAGCAGAAGCUGGAAUGCCUUCUCCAGAAUGGACCAAAAGGAAAAAGCAAACUUUGAAAAUUGGACAUGGAGGCACGCUAGACAGUGCAGCCCGAGGAGUUCUGGUGGUUGGAAUUGGAAGGGGAACAAAAAUGUUGACCAGUAUGUUGUCAGGGUCCAAGAGGUAUAUUGCCAUUGGAGAACUGGGGAAAGCUACCGACACACUGGAUUCUACUGGGAAAGUAACAGAAGAAAAACCUUAUGAUAAAAUAACACAAGAAGAUAUUGAAGGCAUUCUACAGAAAUUUACUGGGAAUAUAAUGCAAGUACCUCCCCUCUAUUCUGCAUUAAAGAAAGAUGGACAGAGACUUUCAACCUUAAUGAAGAGAGGCGAAGUAGUAGAAGCAAAACCCGCCAGGCCUGUUACCGUAUACAGUCUCUCCCUUCAAAAAUUCCAGCCACCAUUUUUCACAUUAGAUGUUGAAUGUGGAGGAGGUUUUUAUAUCAGAAGCUUGGUCAGUGACAUUGGCAAAGAACUCUCUUCCUGUGCCAAUGUCCUCGAGCUGACCCGAACCAAACAGGGACCAUUUACACUAGAAGAGCAUGCCCUUCCCGAAGACAAAUGGACGAUUGAUGACAUUGCACAGUCUCUGGAACAUUGCUCAUCACUUCUCCCAGCAGAGCUGGCACUUAAGAAAUCAAAACCCGAGGAUUCUAAUGAACAAGUUUUGAGCUGUGAAUAUAUAACUCUGAGUGAGACAAAGGGAGAAGACGAUGUCAUUAAGACAUCUUAAGAUUGGUUUGGGAUUGUCAUCAUUUCUUGGUUGACAUUUGAAUCCUGUGUGCAGAAUGACAAGCUACGUGCAAAAGACAACUAUGUCUCCCCCUCUCCCCCGCAUGAUUUUUUUUUGUGUGAAGAAAAACGUCCAUCAUUUACAGUUUCUGUCGUGUACACUUUAUCUGCUCAUUAUAAAUAAGCUUGCGGUUCGUUCGGUUCUUUGCUUUACUACGAAGUGUUCUUUUAGGAUGUUAUUAUGUUGUUAGAUUGGAUUCAGGAAAAUCAGAUCUUCUGAUUUUGAUCUUUCUUCAAAGUCUUUUCCCGGAAAAAGUUGAGCACAUACUCUAAUCAGAGAAAAAGGAAACUCAAGCUACGUGUUUCUUUGGUGUCACAAAAGUGAAUGUGAAUUAGUGUUACUUUGACUUUAUUUUGACUUUCUAGUGGUUCUGUUGUAUUGAAUUCCUUAUAUUUGAAAAGGCCAUUAUUUAACUCAUGUUUUGAAGUUUACAGUUAUUGAGAACAUUUAUUUGAUAAGGCUGUACUACCCUGGUAAUAGGUAUGUUUGUUUAGAUCUCAGAAACGAAUAAACUUUUAUAAUAAAUAUUUGUAACUAGAUUAUUGCUGCUACCACUAACAGAAUGUAAAUAUAAAUAGGAGACUAAAGAUUUAAUUAGAUUCACCUCUACUAUGAGUGCAAAGGACAGCCCUGUGGCUUAUAUUUUGGAUUUGUGUGAUCUUUCCUGAUGAUUUCAUCAAGAUAGUAAACCACCCUGUACCAAGUUAUUAAGUAGCAUAAUUUUUUAAAAGUAAGCUAAAGAAUGUGUCUUCAGUUUAGAAUUUCUUUUCUCUAUUUUUUAGUAUUUACACCUAUACGGGGCAUUAAUCCCCAUGACACUGGUUUUUGGUUUUUCUUUUUUUUUUUUUUUAGUUUGUUGUUUCAAAUUACAUUUGUAGAUAUUGAGGUAGCUGCUCUGAAUUUCCAUUUACUCUCUUCUGCUCUAAAUAUUUUAAAAACAGCUAUUCUCAUUUUCUUUUUCUUUUUAAAGAUCAUUUA